AUGGCAAUCCGGUUCAAGAACAACGACACGCUCAAGUUCACCACAGCCGACACUGACAACAUCCUAAAGAGUCUACAUUACUCAUUCGUCAACACAUUCCCGGCACUCACCAUCGGCAAGGCAUUGAUCUUCACCAUCCUACCCGAGUCCAGGAUAUUGCCAAUAUUCCAGGCCAACAUAAACAAGGACUCGACAGGACCAUCACCUCCAUGUGGAUCAUUCGCUAUUACAUACAAGUCGGUCUGCGACUUUAUGGGCAUUGCACCAUUGUUGAGCGUGAUCUGGGACAUUGAGAACUUGUACCCAUGCAACAAUGUGAAGGAGUUCAACUUGAAUGAGGUGUACCAAUGCACACCAUAUGAUGUUCGAGCUUUGAUAAUGUCAUUGGCCUACAACAAUUACUUCACAUCAUUGGUGUCCAGCAACUUCAAGUUGUCCACCGAGGAGAUGAAUCAACUUACAGAGACAGUGCGUGUCAGCUCGGCACUUCAAAAGCUUCACCUCAACAACAUACAGUCAUCCAAAGAGUCAAUCAUGGCAAUGCUCGCCGGUCUAUCCGAGAACAAGACCAUCAAGUUACAACACAUCAAUCUCAGCAACAACAUCCUCGAGAGCAAGGGCAUAGUGGCGCUUGGCACAACAAUCCAGGCAUUGCCAAGUGGACUGACUUAUAUCAAUGUGGAGAAUACAUCGAGUGCUGGCAAGCCAAUGGAGGCAUUUUUCCACUCUUUGUUGGCAUCGCCAUCUGUGUCAACUCUGAACUUCUUGUCGAUUAACAACAAUAAGUUGGAACUUGCAGGAAGUGGAGCACUAUGUCGCUUCCUCUCCAAGGCAACCGCACUACACACAUUACAAAUGUCCAACACCGGACCAGUAUACAAAGAGCUCAAGAGCGGCAACAACUCACUCAAGGUGCUAGACUUCUCAGGCAACAAGCCAUCAUCGAGCAAGGAGACCAUUGUCGAUUUGUUCAGCUUCCUCAAGCAGCUGCCAGCGCUCACUAGCAUCAAUCUGGCACGAUUGUACUUUAGCGAACAUGAUUUGAAACAGUUGUUUGGACCCGCCACAUCGUUGAUCAAGGCGGCCAACGUCGACUUGUCUGAUAACGACCUGGGCGACUCGGGCAUCAUCAGGCUGUGCGAGGUCAUGUAUCCAAACACCAACCUCAGACAUCUAGCAAUCGACAAUAACUUCAAGACAUCACGAUCAAAGCUGCGUGUUCGUGCUGUUGAGGCACUCUGCAACCUAAUCGAGGACAAUGUGACGAUCGAGUCAUUGUCCAUCGCAUGUACCAGUGGCACGAGGGGACUCAAGAACGACCUUGUUCCAUUCGUUCUAUUGCUUCUCAAGAACGAAUCGUUGGUCAAGCUGGACAUCAGUGGCAAUGGUAUUGGAGACUCUGGUGCGAUGGCGCUGGCCAAGAUACUCUGGAAGAAUCAGACACUCAAACAGAUCAAGAUCGAUGGCAAUGACUUCUCAAUGGACGCUCUCAAGAUCAUCAAACAAUCAAUGAAGCGAAACAACAAGUCGGUCACAUUGCUCAACAUGCCGUUGUUGGAUAUCAACGCCAUACUUCUUGGCGACAAGUCCACCACUGGUCAGGACAAGACACACAAGGCUCUGAUCGAGAUACAGAACUUGAUCAACUCUAACGUCGCUCAUCAAUUCAAAUAUGUUCCACCGCCACCUGAGCGCACGGGCGCGUCAUCUCCCGCGCCACCAGUGCCCAUGCGACAGAGUGGCAGCACACUUCAUGUCCGCACAGGAUCAAACUCCAGCUCAUUCAUCAAGCCGGCCGCGGCCAGUCCAAAGCCACCAGCAACAAUCGACAUCACAAAGAAGGUGGCCACAGGCGUUCGAGGACCACUCUACCCAGGACGUCAACUACAACAGAGUGACUCAUUCGUGCCACAGAGGGGAGGAACAAUCAACGGUUCCAUCGAAAUGCCACCCAUCGUCGCCAAGUCAAUCACACAGUUGUUGGCCAAGGGCACCAAGGUGCUUGGCAUCUUCAGGACAUGUGCCAGCGCCAACAUGCUCAAACAGAUCAAGGCACGAUUUGAAGCGGGUGAGGAUGUCGACUUGGAGGGAGUGGAGCCAGACACGGUAGCCGGUGUAUUGAAGGGCUACUUCCGUGAGCUUCCAGUGCCCCUCUUUGCCGAGAACAUUCACGAUCGCUUCUUCCUGGCAUCAAGACAGACGGCACUAGAUGAGAAGAUAGCUGGCUACCGUGAUAUUGUUGAACUGUUGACGCCACUCGAGGCCAAGAUGGUAAGGAAGUUGUUUUACCUUCUGCACUUGAUCGCGUUGGAAAAGGAUGAGAACAUGAUGUCAGCCGAGAACCUUUCGAUAUGUUGGGCCCCCACACUCUUCCGAUCGUUCUCCUCAGACCUGUUGCCCAUCAACGCAUUCCUCAUCCAGCACUACUUUGACAUCUUUGAUCCAGAGAACGCGCCAGCUGCCAAGCCCCGUCUCAGUGUAACCUUAGCCACAUCGACCACAAACGAGGGUGUGGCAGCAUCACAGCUAUCACCAAACAGUAUCAAUGGCAACAACAGUCAAGUGUUUAGCAGUGGCGGCACGCCGUCGUCGACAUCACCACCUGGCUCACCUUCAAUGGAUGGCAAUAUGACACUGCGAGGCAAACGAUUCUCCAGAAUGAAUCGACUAUCCUACUCGCCAAGUGUACCUCGUGCGCGAGGCAACUCAUCAUCAAACUCGCCCGCUUCUGAAGGCUGGAGCGAGUCUUCUCGAACCGUAUCAUCCCUAUUCCAAGAUGAAUGGGAGAUCCCAGUGCCAGUCAACAUCAGUGAAUGA